CAUGCAGUCAGAGGUGUCUCCUCAGGGUGCCAGCGUUCUGCUGGUGGAACCAUUCUACGGCGGUUCUCACAAGCAGCUGAUCGAUCUGCUGCAGCAGAACAUCGAGGGCUGCUGCGUCUUCACGCUGCCCGCCAAGAAAUGGCACUGGAGGGCGAGAACGGCAGCGCUGCACUUCAGCCAGACUAUCCCCACCUGUCCGUCACACAGAGUCCUGUUCAGCAGCUCAGUCCUGAACCUGUGUGAGCUGGUGGCCCUCAGACCAGAUCUGGCUCGCCUGAAGAAGGUUCUGUACUUCCACGAGAACCAGCUGGUUUAUCCGGUCCGCAAAGACCAGGAGAGAGACUUCCAGUACGGAUACAACCAGGUCCUCUCAUGCCUGGUCUCAGACGUGGUAGUCUUUAACUCGGUCUUCAACAUGGACUCCUUCCUCUCCUCCAUCUCCUCCUUCAUGAAGAAGAUCCCAGACCACCGACCCAGAGACCUGGACCUGCUGAUCCGGCCCAAGUGUGUGGUCCUGUACUACCCAGUCCAGUUCCCUGAUGUCAGCAGGUUUGGUGAGUCCAGAACAGACCAGAGACCAGUUGGUGAGGGGGGCACUGGAGACCAGAUGGAACCGCUUCACAUCGUCUGGCCUCACAGGUGGGAGCAUGAUAAAAACCCGGAGCUGUUUUUUUCCACUUUGAUCAAACUGAAAGAAAAACAAGUCGACUUUCAUCUGUCAGUGCUGGGAGAGACUUACAGUGAAGUACCAGAGAUCUUCUCGGAGGCCAGAUGUCAGCUGGACAGUCACAUCCAGAAUUGGGGUUACCUGUCCAGAGACCGCUACUUGCAGGUGCUGAUUCAGGCCGACGUGGUCGUCUCCACCGCACGGCACGAGUUCUUCGGAGUCGCCAUGUUGGAAGCUGUUCACUGUGGCUGCUACCCUCUGUGUCCGAAGGCCCUGGUGUACCCAGAGAUAUUCCCAGCGGAGUACCUGUACGACACGCCGGAGCAGCUGCGGAAACGUCUGCAGGGCCUCUGCAGGAGGCCCGACGUCGCCCGCAGACACGUCGUCAAGGUUGACACCUCCUCUUUCUCCUGGACGUCCCUGAAGCAGCGCUUUGUUUCUCUGCUGUCAACCGAGGGUCCCUGAACGCACCACUCUGGCCUCCUCGGCGCUGAUGGUUCAGGGGUCGUCGGCACUGCCAGGAAGUCUCGUUCCUCCGCCUCCCAACUCCUCGCCACGUCCCUCCACCUCUGAGCCUCGUCCCACAGGCAGCGUGCUGGACUGGAGACGCAGAGUCUGGACCCUGAACGCCCCGUCCUCACGGCGGUCUUUUAUGUGUGUGGUUUUGGGUGGAGGAGAGAGGAGUGAGGUGGGCGGGGGGGGAGAUGUUCACCACACAGCCUGAGUGGCGGCCAGCAUGUGGUUUCUGUCCGCCGGCCCACCUGAGGUUCAGGUCCACACUCAGACUGAAGUGGAUCUGCAGAGACCAGCUCGCUGUGCAUCACAACCUCAAACCUGAACUUCAUCAAAUAAAGUGUCAAUAAACCCGAA